GCAUCCUGGCAAACAAACACCCUACCCUUCUAUCCAUCCCGCUUUCGAUGCGAUCUGUCCUUUUAGCUCAAUAGUCCACAGUGACGUCGGCUGUUGCCCCACGUAAUAACUUGAACCAAGGCUCCGCGACAGCUCCGCCAGGCAUCCUAAUUACCCUCCUAUUCAAUUGACCCCCCUCGACCCAUUUCCUCCCUCCAAACACCGCGCCCUCGAUCGGAUUUUUCGCAAAAUGGCCCAAUACGGCUAUGGACAGAAUCCUCAGUACGGUGCAGGCAAUGCACAAAACCUUCAAUUCUACUCCUCGUCCUUCUCGAAUCAACCAGUAUCUGGACACUCUACACCCUUCCAAGCAAACUAUGGCGCGCCAGCGAGCCAAGCAUAUCCUUCUCAGUAUGGCGCCGGGUUUUCAGCUCCAGGUGUGAGUGGGCAGAUGGGAAUGGGUACAUCAGGCCUGCGUACAGGCUGGCUGGCUGCAUUUGGCACAGAGGGAUACGAAGGAGAACCACCACUACUGGAAGAGCUGGGAGUGAACUUUAAGCAUAUACAAAUGAAGACGUUGGCCGUCCUGAACCCUUUCGGCCGCAUCGAUCAGCACAUUAUGGAUGAUAGCGACGUAGCUGGCCCGAUUCUUUUCUUCUUAAUAUUUGGCACGUCUUUAUUGUUGUCUGGCAAACUCCAUUUUGGUUACAUAUACGGAUUGGCAUUUGUCGGCACUAUCCUGCUUCAUCAGAUCCUUUCUCUCAUGUCCCCUCCUGUCAACGUGGUUGAGACGACACCCGGAGAUCAUGGUCACCCACACGGGUCGCACCUAGGGUCCUCAUUAACAUUUCCACGAUCGGCGUCUGUCCUGGGUUACUGCCUGCUCCCUCUCGUGUUGGUCGCCAUCUUCGGAAUCAUUGUUCCACUUGAUGGGUUGUUUGGAUAUCUUCUUACCAGUCUGGCAAUCACAUGGUGCUCGUACAGUUCAAGUUCAAUGUUUACCGUUGUUGGCCGUAUGACAUCAAUGCGAGGCUUGGUAGCAUAUCCUAUGGUUCUCUUCUAUGGCAGCUUUGGUAUUAUGGCCAUUUUCAGCUCACGGGGCACCGGACAACUCGCAAAGGCGGCGGCAUCGUAAAGCAAGAUGAAUGUGGAGGGCUCAGUGAAUUUUUGACGGCAAAACUUGUAGAAUAAACACUCAGGUGUCUGUACUAUUUUUUAAAGGAUCAAUAAAAUACAAACAUAUCCAAA